AUGAAUCGGUCAAUAAGAAUAUUGUCGCAAGCGGGCAUCGCCCGAAGAGUCGAACUCUCGAAUUAUGAUGCUCAGCAGGUGGAAUACAUGCGAGAAAAGUGCAUAAGUGUCGACGAGAACGACAAAAUCAUCGGAGCGGUGAGCAAACGAGAAGCACACUCCACACACCAAUGUGAGCAAUUCCGGGAACCUUUUCGAACGAUUUUACACGAUUCUUUUUCAGUGAUCCUGCACCGCGCAUUCUCCGUUUUCUCGUUCACAGCCGACAACAAACUGUUGAUGCAGAAGCGGAGCGCCGAAAAAGUAUGAAAAUGUCGGAAAACAUUUAAAGCAUUCACUUUCAGAUCACAUUUCCAAACUUGUGGACGAACACGUGCUGCAGCCAUCCGUUGCAUACUCGACAAGAAAUGAACGGCGUUUUGGGCGCGAAAAAGUCGGAAUUUCUGAACUUGUUUUGUGCAAAUAAAACAUUUUCUUUUUAGAGCGGCCAUCAGAAAGCUGGAGCACGAGCUCGGAAUAACUGGAGUCGCGACUAGUCAGCUGCAGAUGGCCGGGCGGUACAUUUACAGAGCGGAAAUGGAAAAUGCUCCGUGGGGAGAGCACGAGCUCGAUUACGCGCUCAUUCUGCGCGGCGUCGGACGGGAAAAGUGCGAAAUUAACGAAAAUGAAGUGGCAGAAGUGAAAGAGGUCGGAUUUGCCGAGCUGAAACAAUGGAUUCACAGAGGUUUGAGCUUACUCACUUUUCCAGAGCCUUUUUUGCUGUUUUCCGAGAGCUGUCCGCGGCGCGGUGGCCGCAUGUGAAAAUCUUAGGCCGCCGGACGUGUACUUCUCUCGGACGGCAACAUUUGCCGCCUGUUUUCGUAUACUUUCCGCCUAAAUUCAGGCAGAAAAUCGUGUUUUUAUCGCAUUUCCCAUUCCAGAACCUCAAUCAUUCACUCCGUGGCUGAAAUUGUUCUCAACUACUGACAUUUUCGAAAGCUGGUGGUCGAAAAAGGCGGUGACAGCGCCGGAAGACACAAAAAUCUAUAAAUUACACUGAAACACUUAUUUCUUGUGCUAGUUUCGAUGUUUCUCAUUAGGAUGCUUUUGAAUGUCGUUUAUAUUUGUUAGGUACGGAUAGAAACUGCCAUUACACUUGUUCCACGAACAAAAAAUCCCGAUUCUCUGUGUUUUUACUGACUGUACCUUCGAUUUUCACGGUUUUCCACCGUUUUUACCUCACUUCACAAUUUAAAUUAUCUUUUCUAUUUAUAUCCUCAACGUCGUGCUUCCUUAGUUUCGCUGACGUGUUCUUAACUUGUUUGUUCAAUUUUUCAUAGUUUGUAACGCGUAUGUUUUCCAGGGUGAUGAUCAAGUACCACGUGUCGCGAAGCGCCCGUCUCUGGGCGUACUGGAGCACUCUGCCGCACAAAAUGCUCAAAAAGUAUCCGGAACAGACGAUUUUCUACGCGACGUUCGGCGUCGCCACAGUCAUCCUCGGCGGCUUCAAACUCAACAAGUACCUGACGAACAACGAGAAGCCGUACUAUCGCGGAUACUACGACGUCGUGCGCUCCAACGACCCGGUGGCUCUGAACUGGCGAAAACCGGAAGAGUAUCCGGCGCCAUACCUCCUCUCGUCCGUCGAAACCGCCAAUUGA